AUGGACAACGUGGUGCGCCAGAGACGUUUCUUGAGUAGAGAUAUGCUAAGGUCGCAGGUUCCUCAUAUUCCGAAAUUUCUUAUGAAGCCUCGGUAUUUCCGAUUUCGGAAUUCUUCAAUCUUGAUUUUUGGGCACUGCCAUGGUGUGCUAGAUUCGCUCAUCCUAUUGGUGACUGGUGAACACAAGAUCCUGGCCCCGUUUAUGAUGGGUCCCAACGUCAGCCGCGAAGCGAGUAUAGUACUUUGCCUCUAA